AUGUCGCGUCGCGCAAUUAUUUCAAUUCUCUCGUUGUCCAUCUCCAAUAAUUAUGUUGCGCGCCUCGCUCCCCCUCACACGCACCACCAACAUCGCCCCCCCUCAAAGCAAGAGAAGCUCGCCCAGUUGCGCUCGAGCUCCCAAGGACCGACAAAUAGCCCACCGUGCUUCAGUUCAGCAAUCCUUUCGUUUCACUCGUUACUCUUCCCUGCGAUCAUCGCUGCAGAGGAACAGCACCGCCUUACAGCAGCAUUUCACGAAACUGCAUUACAGCUCAAUUGUGCGCCUCGGAAUCUACCGAGAAACCUGCAUCCGUGGAAUUCAGCGGAACCGCACAGCCAUAAAUCGUCCGCGAGACUCCUCAAAACUCGGCCGACGCGGGGCGGCCUCAUCAUGGCGACGGCCAGCGAUGCGCCGAAGCGCGGCGAGCUGCGGUACGCGAUGGUAUCGCGCGGCGUGGACGUGCUGGCGGAGCAUUCGAUGGUGAAGGGCGACCUGAGCGCCACGGUGCACGAUUGUCUCGCCCAGCUUCCCAAAGACAGCGCCGUGUACGUCGCGCUUCCGCACGGAGACUUCACCAUCGCGUUCCAAACGGAGAAGGAAUACGUGUUCGGCGUGCUGGCGGACAAGGAGGUGGCGCGCGACUUGCUGCGCGGGUUCCUGGGGAAGCUCCAGUUGGGUUUCAUGCCCAAAUACAGCACCAAGGCGCGCGCCUUGCCCGCGGGCGCGCUGCAGCGCGAGUUCGGGCCGAAGCUGAAGCAGCAGCUGCAGCAGGGGACGGCGCGGCCAGAAAAACUGAGCAAGGCAGCGAAAGAAGAGGAUGCGAAGGUGGAGAAGGCGAAGGUGCAGGGGCUGGUGGGGAAGGAGAAGGCGCAGGGGCAGGUGGAAAAUGCGCAGGGGCAGGUGGAUAAUGCGCAGGGGCAGGUGGAGAAGGAGAAGGUGCAGGGGCAGGUGGAGAAGGCGAAGGGCGUUAUGAUGAAAAGCACGCAAUCCCCGGUAAUAAACGUGCCUUUCCCUCCGACGCAGCUACCCUGA